AUGGAAGAAAAGAAAGAGAACGGAGUAGCGGCCAUGGCAGCCUGCUACCAGAGAUUUGAUCCGGCAGCGUACCUGCAGUAUAACUACACUCCACCACGGGCUGAUUUUGACAGAAAGGACAGCAUUGUGCCGUGGAAGCUGGCGUGUCUGCAUAGAGCCUUCAACGAAGUACAUUCACUCCUCCUCAGAGUCUUGCUUCUAUUUUCUCUCUUGUUUCCAGGCGACGUGAGCGGUGAGCUGCUGGUGGACAUUGGGUCGGGCCCCACCCUGUACCAGGUGCUGAGCGGCUGUGAGGUUUUCGACAAGGUGCUGCUCACAGACUUCCUGGAAGUCAACAGGCAGGAGCUGAGGCACUGGCUCCAGGACGAGGGCGGCUGCAACCUGGACUGGACGCCCUACCUGCAGCACGUCUGCAAGCUGGAGGGGAGACGGCCCUCAGACUGGACAAAGAAAGCAGCCAAGCUACGCCAGGUCAUCACAGACAUCCUCCCCAUCGACGUGCACCGCCCUCAGCCUCUGGCCCGUGACGCCCUCCCUUCAGUGGGGGCCGACUGCCUCGUGUCCUGCUUCUGUCUGGAGAGCGUCAGCCCAGACUUGGCCGCCUUCACCAGGGCCCUGGGCCACAUCGGGAGGCUCCUGCGCCCCGGUGGUCACCUCCUGCUCAUCGGGGCCCUGGGAGAGAGCUACUAUUUUGGAGGGCCUGGGGUAAAGAUCCCUGUGGUCCCACUGAAUGAGGCGCAGGUCUGUGAUAGUUUGAAGGAGAGUGGCUACACACUGAUCAGGCUGGAGGUUUACACGCUGCCUCAGGACAUGAGGGUGGGGGUGGAUGAUGUCACUGGGGUGUUUUUUGCGAAGGCAAGAAAGGAUUAAGUGGGAGUAAAAAGGGAUUAAUGUUGAAAGUGAAGAGCUAUCCAUCUAGAUAAAGAUAUUAUAGAUGAAGCUGAGGUGAACACAUGGUUUAGCACACUAACAAUUCUUGGCAGAGCUCUUAUUAUUUCCUUACAUAAUUGGUAAUGCUUAUAAUAAUAAUAAUCAUAAUAAUACCCAGACACAUUAGGUCGCUAAAAUGCUAAGACAUAAACCCGCUGAUGAAAUUUUUUUUUUUCUUCCAUCUUAGUGAUUGUCUUUUGAUUGGGCACGUACAUUUGUGAUGUCCCCUUAAGUUUCCAGAGACGCUCUCAGUGUUAGAAAUGUAAUCACACAUCGCCUCCUGCAGUUCAAACACAGCAACUACAGCACCAAGAA